AUGGAUCCCAAGUCUAAGGAAUACAAGAAUGUCUUCAUUAAUAAUAUAAAUAGCGGACAAAACAGUGAAUCUGAAACCCUUAAGGAUAUUGAAUUGGGUUUCAUAAAAGACAUGUUUGUAGUGAUGAGUGUAUUCUUUGGGUUUAGUACCUUGCUUAAAUGCGAGACAUUAGUGAAGGUAUACAUCCGGCGCUGCAUUGAAGUCCAGCCCCACCUGAACGCCAUAAUAGGGACCAGUUAUGAGUCGGCC